CCGGCGUCGUUCAAGAUACAUCAGCACCUGUAAUAACUGGGGCAGAUCCGGACACGAGUGUCGAUCCACCGAAGUCGGGCUCGAAACGGGCACGCGAUGACGAUGUUGAAGACACUGACAAGCCAAAGUCUAAAAAAUCUAAGAAAGACGACAAGGCCGCUGGUGAUGCAGAUGGAACACCCAAAGAUACGUCAAAAAUGGUAACAGUGUUGAAGCGCGGGUCUGUACCAGUUGAUCCAGCUUCGUCGUUCAUCAACACGCACCAAGUUUAUGUGUCUCCGGAAGGAGAAAUUUGGGAUGCCAUGCUGAACCAGACCAACAUUGGGAAGAAUGCAAACAAAUUCUACGUGUUGCAACUCCUUCACCCGAUUGGUGACGCGUCACAAUGUAUCCUUUUCUUGCGAUGGGGCCGGACGGGCGAGUCGGGCGCAAGUCAAACGAAGGGACCUUGGGCGACGUCUAUUGCGAUCAACGAGUUCAGAAAGCAGUUCAGAUCCAAGACAUCCACGCCAUGGGAGCAACGUGCCGGUAUGACAGCUAAACCGGGCAAGUACAUUUGGCUCGAACGUGAUUACGACGACUCCGACAGCAAAGAUAAAGAGGAAGAGAACUCGGGAGCAAAAGGCAAGGGAACAGAAAAACCCGUAUCCGCCAGGGUGCCAGAUUCGACUCUUCCGGAGGAGGUCCAGAGCCUCUGCAGGGUCAUCUUCAAUGUCGGCUACAUCAAUGCUGCCCUGUCGGCCAUGAACUAUGAUGCCAACAAGCUUCCUCUAGGGAAGCUGUCAAAGGCUACUAUUCUUAAGGGUUUCUCGGCGCUCAAGGCGUUGUCGGACGUCAUCGAGAACAGUGCCAACACCUCGCAAUAUGGUGGAUUUGAUGCUGCGUGUGCUGAGCUUAGUAACCAAUACUACUCAAUUAUACCUCAUGUGUUCGGCCGUCAGAAGCCAAUAAUUAUCAACACCAUGCAGCAACUCAAGAAGGAACUGGAACUCGUUGAUGCACUUGGAGAUAUGGAGAUAGCGCAGAAGCUGAUCAACGAGAAGGCUGACGCUAACUGGGACGGGGAACCGGUCAACCCCAUUGACGUGCGCUUUAGGUCACUUCAACUGGAGUCAAUGAUCCCCGUUGCAUCGGACAGCAAGGAGUUUGGUACUGUUGCCGCAUAUGCGUACGAUACGCAUGGUUCUACACACAGUUACUACAAGGUCUCGGUCCAGAAUGUAUUCAGGGUCAAGAGGAAAUUCGAAGACGAAAACUGGGCAAAGGCAGGCUUCGAAAGUCUCGGAGAUGGCCAGAGACUGCUUCUCUGGCAUGGAUCUCGGUCUACAAACUUUGCUGGCAUUUUGAGCCAAGGCCUACGGAUAGCCCCGCCCGAAGCACCAGUGAACGGAUACAUGUUCGGGAAGGGUGUUUAUUUUGCCGACAUGAUGUCAAAGUCAUAUAACUAUUGCUAUCCGGGUGCGAGUGGCAACAUUGGAAUCCUACUUCUCUGCGACGUUGCUGCGAAGCCUUGCCAUGAGCUGCUUAAUGCAAGCUAUAUUGCGGAUCAGGAGUGUAAGAACGCCGGGAAAUUAACGACGAGGGGAAUUGGGCGCACCCAGCCCAUUGAAUGGCAGGAUGCAGGUGAAGCGCUGGAUAACGACGAGCUGAAAGGGUGUCUAAUGCCCAAGGGCCCAGCGAAGGAGGUUAACCCCCCUGGCGCAUAUCUACAGUACAACGAGUACAUCGUUUACAACACUGCGCAAAUUCGAGUCAAAUACCUUUUGAUGGUCAAGAUGCAGCACUAAACCAGAAAUAUCGUACCAUUGUAAAUAAAUCAGCACACGGACGGACAUGGAUGAUCCCAAAUAUUGGAUUGUAAAGCUUCGGUCUACACUACUUCCCGAAUAAGUUGUACAUGUAUAUAAACUCGC